GUCAAGUGGGGACCAGUAAACGGAGAUAUCAUUAUCUCUGCUCUCUGUUAGAUUGGUUGAGCGAUCGAUGUCGGCCAGACUAGGAGCUAGAUUCAUUUCGAGAGCAGAGACGUAAGCCAAGAAGUGUGUUUAUGACUUCGGAAAUCACAUGUAGUGAUGCCGGUGGAGGCAAUGGUACCUAGUUAGGCCCAAGUACUGUUCAAGGAGUAACUAAGGCGUUGAACCUUUCAAAAUCUUAGCAGUGCGCAAUACGGUAAUUGCAAUGGACAUACCCGAGCCUUGGACUGUGUGCGAUGAUGACAGACAAUCAGCCAUUUCUUCGACAAAGGAAGAAGAAGAUGGCAUAAUCGGCUUCAGAGGUAUCCGCCAUGAACAGAAUCCGCGGAAUGGCAAUGGAGACCCGUGGCGGCGAUGCUGGAGCGUGUGGAUGCACGAUAGCGUGGGACACGUGGUUAGUGGAGGGAGAAGGCCAGUGUGGGUGGGCUACGUGGCAUGCAGGGUGAGGCCCAUGGAUUGGUGCUGGUAUAUAAACGCGUAUAGAAUCCCGCUUCUGAAGAAGUUUUAUGGCAAGUCGACAAGCACGAGAAACUGCUGCCUUUUGCACUUUCUCGCUUCUCGAGCGUUGUGUAAGCGCCCAGGUCGAACUGGAUUCAAGGCGGGAGAGAAACGAUGUGGUUUAUGGGCACGACGGCGAAUCGAGACGCUGAACGGAGGAACCAGCUCCGGUCCAUGGAACGAAGGGACAUGCUGCACACCUGAGGCGGACGAUCUGGUAUAGGAUCUGAGGAAAGCGACGAGGUGAAGCGAAGAGGUUCGAGUGGUGAGACAGAGGGGGUAGCGGAAGGGUAGUGGUGGUGAGGGCAGUGAUUGGGCAGCGGGGGUUCGUCUCAGAAGAUCCCUCGUCGUUGCGCCAUCCCGCGGCUGGAGAGGCUUGGCAGGCCCCGCAACCCGUGGAACCUCGUCCCUGGCUGUUUGGCGCGAAACAGCCCCCGGUCAGUCAAUCCGAGCCUCCCAUCGGCGGAUCAGC